UUGUUUACGUUUUACCGCAUGCGGUCAAUGAUAAAAUUGUGAAGCUUGUGUUUUGUGCGUUUUUUAACAGAUAGUCGUUAAUUUACGCAAAAUAAGUACAACUUUUCGUAAUCAUUCCAUUCUAAAGUACACUACAAGUGCAAAAGAAGUAUUAGAAAUGCAGACCGUUAUAAAUCAGACAACUCCAAAGUUGGACGAUGAUCUGGAUCAGAUGCGGAAGGAUUUCUACGAUCCGGAGCUGAACCGGUACGAUACCGGUCCGGGAGCCGACCUGGAAGAUUCCCUGCAACCGGGGGCUUUGGCCGCGGCUGCCGCUUUGACCAGCAAAAUCAGCGAAAAGGAAAUGGUCUGCCGGGAUCGUCCGGCGGUGAAAAUCCGGCUAAUCAACACCCGGGAUUUGACCGAUACCGGCUUGACGGAACUGUGCAAACCCUACGGGACGGUCAUGAGCGUCCAUCGGCCGCGAAACGACAACAAUCAGGCGUUUAUUGAGUUCACAAACCAAAAUGAAGCUGGAUUUGCCAUUCAGGAGUUGAGCCGCAAGUUGGGCUUUCAGUUCUAUCCGGCAUUUGCCCAUGAAAAGCGAUCUAACCAACUGGUCGAUGUGGGCUUGCUGGCUCCGCCACCUCCCGUAGAAUCUGAACAGGGCAAGAAUAAUGCCACCAGUUUGGACCCAUCCUUGGACGAUGAUAGUUGGGAAAGAACGUUAGCCCAGCGGCGCAUCAAGAUUGGGUUCAGCAUUCCGCUUAAAAUUCGCUUCCCGGAGGUGAAAACACUGGCCACCUCCAGCCAUUAUAAGCCUGUUCCCGAAAAGGUUACUGCUCUGGCGCGUACUGAUCCGCAGCAGAUUUUUUCCAUCGUCGCCUUACUGAACAGCGAACCGUCCAAGGAAUCUCAACCAAGAAUCGACACCAAAAUCGGCACCCGAAUAAUCGAAAUGACCAAACGGGAGGGUGUCCAGCGACUGGCGGCAUCCGAUUCAAACGGUUCCGGCAAAUUCGUCUUCCGGGGACUGACCGAUGAGCAGCGGUCGCUCUUCAAGGACUCCCACUGCGUUAACUGUGGCCAUCGAGGAUUCUUCACCUGUGGUCUGUGUGGAGCUCCGUACUGUUCCAAGCAUUGUCAGGAGCAAGACUUCGAGAAACAUCAACCCUCGUGCAAGGGUGAACCGGAUGUCAAAGUCAACGGUAAGGCAGAAGAAAAAGCUCAAGAAGAAACGAUAUCGGAAUCUUUGGAGCAGGAGGGCUUCCCCAAGGGUGCCCACGUAAUGAUCGUGUCCGUUAUGACUCCUGAUCGCGUUUGGGUGAGAGCACUGGAUAGGACCAGCAACCGAGAGUAUUUGCAAACGUUGAGUGAUAUCGCUAAUCAUGCGCUGACAGCCGAGAGAGUUUCCAAUACACCUCAAGCAGGGGACAUUUGCCUAGCCAUGUAUGAACCGCUCAAUGUUUACGCUCGGGUUCUUGUGACCAGAGUCAUUCGUUCGCAGGCACAUUGUGUCUUUAUCGAUUUUGGGAUCGUUAAACGAAUUGGUCUUGGAAGUUUGAAAAAGAUUUCUGAUUUAAAGCUCAAAUUCAGAAAAGUGCGAAUCCACAAGGUCCAUCUUAAAGGCAUUACCGAUGAGCACGGUCACAUUGAGAAAGCAAUGAGUUACCUCAAUGAUCUGAUCGGUCAACCGCUGGAAAUGAAGGUACAACUCGAAGGCGGAAAUCUGGUAGAUGCAGCACUUCGAACGGCUACCGGAAUCAAUGUCAACAAGCGGAUCAACGAUCUCAUAACCAUUCCAAUCGUUAAUGUGGUUGAAGCAGCCGAUAAGUUCAUCGACUAUAAAACCGUGCGACAAAAACGUCUUCCUGCCAAUACCAAAAUAGACAUUAUGGUUCUCAACCGCACCACCAUUAAAUUAGAUUUCCGUGUCACGAUAAUCGCUUUCGAGGACUUGCCCUACGUCGAAGACAUACAAUGUAAGCUGCAGUGCUACGGGAAAAAGGUUCAAAAUUUCAGCGAGUUCUACACGCCCCGUCUGAACGAGCUGUGUCUGGUUCGCAACAUGGACAUCUGGUAUCGGGCCGUGUGUGUCGAAUGUGUCGGCGAUGGACGUCCAUCGGUUUAUCUUGUCGAUUUCGGUUCCCUCAUAAUGGCUCGGCUAGAAGACAUCCGCAAGCUGCCUCCUUCCCUAGCCAUGGAAGUUCGAACUACCGAUGCUAAAGUAUACCAACUCGAGGAAGCGCAAAAAUCGGGUGUCACCAUCGAUUCGGAGUUUCUCGAUAUCUAUCUGGAGGAGAACGAGCGGAUGACGGUAGAGACGACCGAGGAGGCCGAGUUCAAGGAGUUCGUCGAAGCUCUCGCUCGGGACGAUACGCCCAUGGUGACAGUCAUUAAGGUUCCGGAUUUUCUGUCCUUUUUGGCUGACCGAGCCGAUUGUGCGGAUGAUAUGAGAGUUCGAUCCGGUUAAUAUAG